AUGGAGUCUGAGAACUCUGGCCCUUCACGUAAUUUCACUCACAGCCGAUCGAGGGGCCACAGACCGGCAGUCCUCGUGCUACUCCAAAAGCUCGUCCAGUCAGUUCCUUCGGAUCUGACGAUGGACGUUCAACGUCUGGAUGAGUUCCCACUGAUAAUCCGACGACUUUGUGAAAAAGCGCCAAAGUUCGCCGAGGUGCUGGCAAAGACCAUUCUAGAGACGAGCAACAGCAUCAAAAACUUUCCUCAGCAGGAACAGGAGCCGGCCAAGGAUCACAACAGCCGAUUCGCGUCGCCAAAGCGUAAGACGAGGAAGAACUUGCCCUACCAAACGCGUCGCGCCACCGAAGUCUUAGCGGCAAACAGUAGUUCUACAAAAUGUCCCCCUUUGGCAAAAGACAGUCAACUUGUGGCUGGCUGCGCGAUGGACACUCCUGAUGUCGGACCUAUCACUGUGCGGCAAUAUUGUGGGGAGGUCGAUGGGAACAUGAAAAAUGGUGAAGUCGAUGCACUCCCCGAGAUAGCGUCGCAAUCCGGCCAGCAACGGCGCACCACCCGGAGUGGCGGACUUCGAACUCAGGAAAAAGCGGCACAUGGCCGGGACACCGCAGGCGGAUUGAACAAAACGACAGACCAGAGUCCUGAGGUGGCAGCAACAUUUCCAUCUCUCAACUUGACUGAAGGCCAGGAGCCUAGUGCCACAUCCCAGGGUGUGACAUGUCCUCAAAAGGCCUCAAUCACCCGAACCGAACCAAAAUCGACCGUAACAGGCACCAGCCCGACGCCACUCGCAGCCGACCCAUCAGCAUCGGGGUCAGAGUCACAAUCGUCUUCACCGGAAGCCACUUCCUGGCUGGAAUUAGUCACCGAGGCUGUGCGAGUUAUCCAUUAUCUCAGUAAAUACCCAUACGCAGUGCCGACCCAGAUCCACGCAAGAAUCCUACAAACGCACCGCAAACACAGCUACGAGUCAUCGGAGCCUUCGACCUUAGACCAAUGGACAGAUGGAUCGAUGUGGAUGAACAUACUACGCAUGGGAUCGACUCAGCACCAGAAGACCACGAUAUUCAACAUGAUCGAGUAUAUUGGCGCUUGGGAAUGGUACGACAGACAGGUCGCACUGGCCAAAACUUGGGUUCGAUCAAAGAGAAACAAGCCUGUCGGGCGUAAAGGUGCGGCGAAACAUGUGCUAGACAGACUGCAACGUAUGCAAAGAGGAUCUUUGUCAAAGGGAAUUUGGGUUGGCGGCGUUGGUAGGUUGAAUGACGCAUCAGAAGACGACGCGACCGAGCCGGAUCCUGACAGAAGCGCCGGUGUGACCGAAGCUUAUCGGCGAACUGAGAGAAAGAGAAUCAGUGUGCACCUCAGCCGAGGACAGAAAUUGACGACUCUCAUCAAAGCUGUUGGCUUGGGCAUUCUUUUCAGCCCCAAGAUCUGGCAAGUCUUGGAUUACACCAAGGCGAAAGAUCUUGAGCAAAUGAUCAAAGGUAUUCAGAAAAGUCCGAAGCAUAUGGGGCUGCUCCAUAUCCUCAGUCCGCAGCUGGAAUUGUUGGUUGAACGAGGCCAACCCGACCUUCACGCCCUAUAUGAUGCACUGUACCAGGAGAAGCUCGUCUCGCCAACAGAGAUCCAGGAGUUCCGGAUGACAUUUGCUCUGGACUCGGAUCCGUUGCCACAGGGUUCAUUAGAUGUGGCGGUGCAUGGGUUGAUCAAAGAUGUCGGCACCAGGGUCCUGGGGAAGCGCAAGCUCGACGUGGUCGACACUGUCUCAGUCAACGAUUUGUCGAUUCCCUGUGACACAUUCGAGAGACUCCAAUGCGGAGAAUGGCUGAAUGACGAUCUGAUUCACCUUGCCAUGGACAUUUCGGACAAGCCCGAGUUUGUAAAGCAUGGGUAUAGUGUCCCGUUGGACGAUGUCGGGAAGACCAGAACGACAAAGCCAAUCGGAAGACCCUUUGCAGCGUGGGCGCGGCGAGUGGCUCGUCUCCGCGACCAGGCAGGAGAUGUACGGAGAGACGCGGGCCAUCUUGUGCAUUUCUGCCCAGUGAGCCACAAGGGUAAUCAUUUUACGUUACUGGAGAUCAAUGAUCGGGAGAAAGUGAUCCGCCAUUACGAUUCCAUGGCCGCUCGCGCCAACAUUGACGACCCAUCGACGCCGACAAGGGUCGCUCAACUGGUGGAAGAGGAGUUUGCAAGUUUACAAUAUGCAUACAGCGAAGUGGUGCGUCUAAAUCUGCCCCGCAGUGUCUUUGUCGUUAACAAUUUGAUGUUCUGGCCAAUAGCCAACUCCACAACAGACCGAAACCUGGGGCUGUGGAGUCAGGGUGGUCUGGAACUUCAGCCGUCUGGUGGGACACCAUCCAGGAUUCCGAGCGUAUGA